GGAAACUGCGGGGCCGUUAACAUGGAUUUAGAUGCAUAGUGCGCGCGCCACGGAGCCAUGGGAACUCACCGGGUCAAUUAGCUGCGUCGCAUAGCCACAUGAACAGAAGGCAGACAGACCGGGGGCUCGCAGAGGCCCUGGGUGAAGCGGAAAAACGGAACAGCGCGCGACAAGAGUGCAGCCUUCAGGACCCCAGAGAAAGGAGACUAACCGCCUCGCGUCAGGAUGCAGGGUCUGAGCUCACGAGCCCACGCUUUCUCGGUGGAAGCACUGGUCGGUAAAACGAUAAAGAGGAUGAAGGAGGAGAACGGGAAGGACUCGAGCUCACUGGGAGACACAGAGACGGAGACAAGCUCCAAUCGGCAGGAGACAGACAAACACGAUUACCCAAACGACCAGAGGAGGAAGGCUGGUAACACGCCAAGAAGGCUGGGAGACUGCGAAUCUGAGCCGGGGAGAGAAGAAAGGAGAAGGCCGGGAGAUAGUGACUCUAACCCGGGUAGAGAGGAGAGAGAUGUCCGGGUGGAGCUCCAGGGGUCGGAUCUGUGGACUAGGUUUCAUGAGAUCGGGACAGAGAUGAUUAUUACCAAAGCGGGCAGGAGGAUGUUCCCGUCCUUGCGCGUAAAGGUGCGUAACUUGGACCCGUGCCAGCAGUACUACAUCGCCAUGGACGUUUUGCCCAUCGACUCCAAACGAUACAGGUAUGUGUACCACAGCUCUCAGUGGAUGGUGGCAGGAAACACGGACCACUCUUGCGUCGCGCCGCGCUUGUACAUGCACCCGGACUCCCCGUGCGUGGGCGAGACGUGGAUGCGUCAGGUGAUCAGCUUCGAUCGGGUCAAACUGACCAACAAUGAGAUGGAGGACAAGGGACACAUCAUUCUACAGUCAAUGCAUAAGUACAAGCCUCGCGUCCAUGUGAUCCGCCACGACCCCCGGCUGGACCUAUCAAAGAUCCCCUCGCUGCCCACUGAGGGUAUGGCCAGCUUCUCCUUCCCAGAGACAGAGUUCACCACUGUGACAGCCUAUCAGAACCAACAGAUCACCAAAUUGAAGAUUGACAGGAACCCAUUCGCUAAGGGCUUCAGAGACCCAGGACGGAACAGGGGUGUGUUGGACGGCCUCAUGGAGUCCUAUCCCUGGAGAAGCCCCCUCAGUCUGGAGUUCAAACCAUUUACUCUUCAGCUACAAGGAAGUAGCUGUGGGUCUCCAGGCAACUGCACUUCUCCUCUGAAAAGCCUUUUCCCUCUCUCCUGUCCUCCGACCUCUCACCCCUUCACCCUCUCCUCCUUCUCCUGCCCUGACACCAGCCUGCACUCCUUUUGUCUUCCCCUCUGCUGCAAGACCUCCCCCUUCUCCCCCAUCUCCCCCCUGCCGGCCAGACCCUACCCCUCCACCCGGCGCUACUCCCCCCUGCCUCCCCUCCUCUCGGCCCUGCAGGGGAAGAAGGCUCCAGGCUUCAGCGCUCUGUGUCUUCAGGGGGGCGUUCCCGGACAUCCUCCCAGCCUGCAGCCACACCCCUACAGGGCCCUCCCUCUCACAGCUCCCCGCGGGGACCCGGCCCCUCACUACCCUCACCGCUCCCACCCAGACCCAGCUCCCCCAUACUGUCUGUACCGCUCCAGUCUAUCCAGAAACGCUCACCUCACUGCUUUCUCAUGCCACGCCAAACUGGCUGACAGCACCACAGACUGUCUGCUACGCCAGACACCCUGGAACACCACCAUCAACCACUGCCUCUGA